AUGGAGCGCCGCACAAGCAGGCAGGGCGUCCGGGCCCGCUUCGAGAUGAUCCCCUGCGCGUGCGCCGGGCCUGGCCAAGAGGUGGGCGAGCUCGAGAUGUUUAUGCACCCGCUUCAGGAGUGCAACAGCCUGCUGGCGGCAAAGGCGGGCGUGUGGGCGCACGGUGGUGACUGUGUCGGUAAGCCUGCGAAGCGCUUGAAGGUGCCAGUGGUGACGCUGCAGCCGCUGCUUCGGCAGGCGCUUGCGGUGUUGCCGCGGGUGCAGCUCCUCAAGCUGGACGUGCAGGGCGUGGAGUGGCCUUGCCUCGCGGGGGCGGGAGAGGAAAUCGCCCGUGAUUUGCCGUCCAACGACUCGAAUGUCAUGUAUGCCGACCACCAUGGCCGCGGCGCGCCCGAUGUGGCCGAGAUGGACGCCAAGCUCGCGCCGCUCGGCUUCGUGCGCCAGUACUGCGAGGCCCGAGCCAACAACUGCUACCACCGCGAGCUCAACUGUCUCUGGACGCAGCGGGGGCGGCCGCCGCUGUGGGUCACGGGGCGGCCUCAGCCGCGGGGGCGGCCUGCUGUGCAGAAUGACACUUCAAUGAAACCCGCCUUCCGGCGGGUCGAAUACGUCUCGCCGCUGAGGACCUCAACCAAGCCGGCAGCAGCGCGAACCGUGACGAAGCAACAGCGCGAGCUAGAGGCCUCGCUGCGGCUUCUGCUCGCGCGGCCCGACGCAGGCGCCAAGCUUGAGCAUCUCCUCCAGCAGACGUCGCAGAUGGCGGCAGCAGACCGUUCGAUUUUUAUGGAGUGCCUCGCGCGGGCCCGAGAACCGCAGGACGUGCAGGCUCGCGGCUUGGAGGUGCACAUAUCCAUCCCGCUGAUGCCUCUGCCACGAGGAAACGGCGUGAGUGCGGCGAUGGCAGCCGACGGCUACUGGGCAGAGGCCUACCGCGCCGGGCGAGACAAGCAGCGCCGCGGGGCGGGCGGAUGGAGCUUUGCGGCUGCGCAGCAGUGCAUGCACAUGCAUGCGAUGCUGGCGGUGCACUCGCUGGCUCCGACUGCCGAGCAAGCGUUCCCGCCGGCUACGGGUCCAACCGGCGACUCGCCCGGCCACAAGCUGCUGCUGCUGGUCGCAUCUCACGUCGGGAACGAGCAGCGGCUGGCGCUGCUGCGGCGCAGUCUGGCGUCGAUGGUGGCGCAGCGGGGCUGCGGGCUGGUGCUGCUUGGCUGGAGCUCCGAGCGUGCGCUGCGCGACGCGGUGGCCGCUGCCAUCUCCGAGUCGCAGGCGGCAUGCCGCGAGGUUGGCGCCAAGAAGGCCGGCCUCAAUUUGCUGGCGGUGGAGCAGCCUGGCCGGCGGACGCAGUUCGAGCACUACGCGGCACUGCUGCGGGAGGUGGAGGCGGCGGCGAGAAGGCGCAGAGGCGGCGACAACGUGGCGGGGCUCGUGAGGCGGGGCGAGGCGGAGGAAGACGGCGAGGAGCCCCUCCUGGAGGAGAACGCGAGCGGCGGCAGCGACGGCGCCGAGGGCCCGGAGGGCCGCAAUGCGGCCGCCGGGCGGAAGCUGCAGCUGGAGGCGGCCGCUGGUCACGGCGGCUCGUGGGAGGAGUACUGGAACUUUGCCGUGCGGCUCGACGCUCUCCGCCCCUUCUUCGCGCGCGCGAGCGACGGGCUCCUCCGCUCGACAUACGCCGACAUGGCGCUGUACUUUUACCUGCGCAAUGCGGUGCCGACGACGCGCUUCGCGCCGCGCAGCGGUUUCUCUUCCAAUUGGCUCUACUUUUACGACAAGCCGCUCGACCCUGCGGCGGCGCGCGAUCAAAAGGCGAGCGCGGGCGUGACGCCGUCGCCUUCGGACGAUGCUCUGCGCGCAGAGCUGCGGCGCGAGCUGCGGCGCGCGGCCGCCGACGCGCAACCCGCGGGCGGCGGCCGCGCCGAGAUUGAGCGCCGGCUGGCGGACGACGGCGCGUUGCUCGUCUUUGCUGGCCAGCAGCGCUCGAUUGCCGAGAUGUAUUGCGCGCUCUUUUGCGGCGCCCCGGUGCUGCCGAGCGGCGCCGCGUUCACCGCGCUCGGCCUUGCUGCGGCGGACGACCAGCUAGGCGAGCUGGGCUGGCCGGCGAGCAUCCUCGACGCCACGCAGCGCUGCAGGGCCGCUGCGCUGGUGCACACAGCAGAGGCGUUCGGCGUUUGGCCGGGGGAGCCUCACUAGCGCACCGCGUCGGCAACAGUGAUGUGACAGUGUAACGUAAAGUACGCGUGAAUAUGUGCAUGUGCAUGAUAACGGAG